UGUUGAUAAAAUUUGAAUAACCUCUUAUCAUUUUUUAUCACCUGAGGUUUAUUCAAUUAAAUGUCUUAAUUUUUACUAGUUAAAUUUAUAUAUUAGGUGUUAUUUAAAAUGUAGAAAUGGAUGACAAAGUAUCCAAACAAAAUUAUCGAACUCAGCCGCAGUAAAUUAAUAUUUUUAUCGUUAUCUAUUGAAAGAAUUAUCUACCCACCAGUUCUAGGUCCGUUUCCUUGACUGGUAAAGAUAAGCUGAGGUCUCAAUGUCCAUUUGAAUGUAGAAGUCAUGGCUUUAUUACUGUAUUUAAAUCCAUUUAGAGUUUUUAAAGAUUUUGUGCGUAUACCUAUCGAAGCUUUCCUUGGACGCCAAUAUUUAGAUUAUAAAAAGAAAACUAACGAAGGAAUAAACAGUGUUAAGGAGUUAUUAUUAAGAGCAGGAAUAGUUUUAGUAUUUUUGUCGGCAAUUUUGUGGAUUUCUAUAUUCAUGUAUGUUAUAUUUUAUUACAUUUAUAUGCCUAACGUAACGCAUAUACGGCCGGUUCAUUUACAAUUCAAGCCAUGUGAGGAACAAAUAGGCGUUUGUUCCUUCCCAUCGGCGCACGUGCAACUGACCCGACGUACCAGUUUGUUAAUGUCUGGACAGCCUUAUAAAAUAAAAUUGGUCCUUGAUAUGCCGGAAACUCAGAUCAACAAAGAUUUAGGUAUGUUUAUGGUGUGCGCGCAGCUGCGGGCUAAGGGCGGAGUGUUCGUGUCGUCAUCUUGUCGAGCUACUAUGAUACGACAUAGGUCGAAGUUACACCACUUGAUAAGGACGGCGGUGUUCUCUCCCCUGCUGGUUAGCGGACUGGAGGAAGAGAAACAACAAAUACAUGUCGAUUUGUUCACAGACUUUAUUGAUGAUCCUGAGUUGUCAGUGACGGACGCGUACGUGGAGGUUCAGUCGCGACACGCGCAGGUGUACUCCUGCGAACUUCACGCGCAGGCGCACUUCUCCGGUCUGAGAUACCUCAUGUAUUAUUGGCCGCGGAUAUCUGCACUUAUUGGAAUCUCAACAAAUCUUUUCUUCGUGUCGCUGGUGUUUAUUCUGAGCUGGUAUCAUCUGCAGGAAGGUUUGCCCGAAUUUAUUAAGAGCAAAUUCGGCGAUAAAGAAGUGAAAAAAGAAGAAUCCAUUAGCAAAAUUAAGCUGGAACAAGAGAGUAAAGAUUUCCCUUUCUUUGACGACGAUGCGUUGCGGCAAGAAUUCCAGAAAUUGGAACAGAAGAAAACUUAGAAGACUGAAAUUUUAUACAUUAGAAUAUUAAAAUAUUUAACUCAAGUCUCUUAAUUGUUGAUAUUUUCGUUAAAAAAUAUUUUCCCAUCCAUUCUCUUAGAAUUACCAAAUAGAAUGUUUUUAGAUAACAUUCACAUGUCAAACUAUCAAUUUAAAAAUAUAUUUUCAUUUAUCAGAAAAAAGCAAACAAGCAUUAGGUUUCUUUACCUAAGCCAGAGGAGGGGACGCACAGAAACAGGUAAUUUACCCUUCCUAUGCAUCCUCUGCGAAAUGUUAUUCAGCACCACUUUUGUGUUUUAAGAUUUAACCAAUAAAAU